GAGCGCUGGGACGCGACAGGAGACGGUGGAUGAAGGAGAGAAGGAGGGGAAGAAAACAACACAAGUCAUUUUCACGGAUGAACGGAGAGGAUGAGAGCGUCCACAGGAGCGUGCGUGUGGUAGGAACAGCGGGGAGUCCGGGAGGGAGCCGUGCGCCACUUUGUGAGUCCUGUGAGGGGAAGUGCGUGGAGAGGGAGAGAGAGAGAGAGAGAGAGAGAGAGAGAAGCGGUGAGUGAGCAGAGACCCGGAGAGAACACCUGUGCACAGACAGGUUCCGGAGGAGGACGCAUGGAGAGAUGAUCAGGACUCUGAGUAAAGCAGCUGAAAUUUUGGACAGAAACCUGAGAGACAUGUUGUGUCCCCUUAUUGAUGCCAAACUUUAGAUUUCAGCCAAUCAGAUCAGCUCUUGGUCACCAGACCAGUCAACGUCUGCCUUUGUGCUGUUGAGCUCUAUCUAUUCUGAUCAAUGGGUGACAAGUGUCCAAAGAAGUUCUAACAAAUACCAAAGUUUAGUAAGUUUUUGUGAUUUAUAAAAAUAAUAUCACCAAUACUCCAUGAUCUGGAAUGGACCGAGCUCUGAUCCUCAUUCCCAUGCUAUCGCACACCUGGACCUGGGCUGUCACUGCAGGCACUGUGAGCCACUGACCCCUGGGAGCCCCAACCCUCCCCCCCAAUGAAGCAGUCCUGGUGGGCUCGCCUGGCACGGCCCGGCCUGCUCGCCGCCUGGACCUGUGUAUGGCUGGUGCAGGGAUGUGGACCUGGUCCCGGGUACGGCGUACGCUCCAGGACCAGGAAGCUCACGGCCAUGCACUACAAGCAGUACUUCCCCAACGUCUCAGAGAACAACCUGGGGGCCAGCGGGAGAGCAGAGGGCAAGAUCACACGCAGCUCCGAGCGCUUCAAUGAACUGGUUUGCAACUACAAUCCAGACAUUGUCUUCAAGGAUGAGGAGAACACCAACGCCGACCGCUUCAUGACCAAGCGAUGCAAGGACUGUUUGAACAGGCUGGCUAUUGCAGUGAUGAACCAGUGGCCAGGGGUUCACUUACGUGUGACAGAGGCCUGGGAUGAAGACGGCCACCAUCCUCUUGGCUCUCUGCACUACGAGGGCCGGGCUGUGGACAUAACCACUGAUGACAGAGAGACGGAGAAGUACGGUCUCCUCGCCCAGCUGGCUGUGGAGGCUGGCUUCGACUGGGUCCACUACGAGUCCAAAUAUCACAUCCACUGCUCAGUAAAAGCUGAUCACUCCGUUGCAGUGGAAAAGGGGGGGUGUUUCCCAGGCUGGGCCCGGGUGACUGUCGCUGGAGGGGGACAGAAGAGCCUGUCAUCACUGGCUCCUGGGGACAGAGUCAUGGCCUUGUCUGAGACAGGCCAGGUCAUGUUCAGCCCAAUCAUCCUGUUUCUGCACCGCGACCAAGAAAGCUGUUCCACUUUCCUGUCUCUGGAGACGGAGGAUGGCCACAGACUGGCCCUCACCGCACAUCACUUGGUCUUUUUAGCUCACCACUGCAGACUCGACAGCAGAGAGUACCAGGCCCGGUUUGCUAACAGAGCCAAAACAGGAGACUGUGUUCUUGUCCAUACAGCAGAGGGUCUUUUGCGUCCUUCUCGAAUCAUCUCAGUUUCAGUGGAGGAGAGUAUGGGAGUGUAUGCGCCCCUGACAGAAGCUGGAACAUUGUUCGUUGAUGGAGUUCUUGCAUCCAACUACGCGCUGUUGGAACACCACAGACUGGCACACUGGGCGUUUGGUCCUCUGCGCCUCCUCUCCUCAUUCAACCAGCUUCUGAGGGGGGAGACAACCAAAGAACAGCUGACCACCCAGAGUGAAGCAGCUCUCACUAAACCUCCAUUUCAUACCAGCACUUUUCCCGCGAAGGACAAAGCAUGUGUUUAUGUGAAUAAAGAUAUUGUAAACAGACAAGACAAUCUGAGUGAACCUCUGGGGAUUGAAGAGAAGCAUCUUUCUGACAGACAGACAUCACACGUGCACUGGUAUGGUCGGUUACUGUACAGUUUUGGAUUGAUCUUUUUAGACUCCACCUCAUUUCAUCCAUAAACACCUACAAGUUCAGACUUAUUACAAGUCCUACAGCAGCCUUGAUACAUUACAAUAACACUUCCUGUUCUGUUCUGCAAUAAAUUAAAAGCAUUGGAAUGGCUUGCUUGUUGUUUUACUAUUUAUAUUAUAAUCGUUCACAUUGAGAUGUAUAAAUCUAUAUUUAUAUAGAUAUGUUGAUGUAAAAAUGGUGAUAUAAAAUGAUCAUAGCAUAUUUGUAUAUCAAGUUAUUUUCAUUUCAUGAUUUCAGUUAUAUAUGUAAAAAUAUACAUAUAUAACUAUUAUAAUGGGGUUGGAACAAGUUUCCCAUCAAUGAUAGAAUCUUUAUUUUUGUACUUUCUGAAUCAUAAUAUAUAAAUGUUUCAUUUUAUUAUAAUAAUUCCACUACAUGCACUG